AUGGCCAUAGUUAAGGACUUAUGGCCGAGGCUCAAGGAAAGGCCCUACAUCAUGAUCCCAGGCAGUAAUGUGACUCUUCGCCAACAAUCCAUUCGGUCAGAAGAUAUAGAUCCGAACACUCAUGACCAAGAGCUUAUCCAGUGGGUUAUGGUCCUUCACGGCCGCGGUCAAGAUGGCCAACUGCCUCGUGCGACGUCGAUCGACCUUCGAGUUGGAUGUAUCAUGGAUGGAGCAAUCGUCGAGUAUGCCAAUGGGAAGCAGGCGAAUUGCGGCCCCAGCCAUCCCCAUCGGUUUUGUGGAUACAGAUCAGAACGUCAUGAGAUCCCUGCUAAUGAGACCAUCACCAAAGUCAAGAUUUGCAAGGAUGACGGCGCAUGGAGCUGCCUGGUAGGUAUCUGCAUGACCCUGAGCAAUAGAGAUGAGUGGGGCCAUCUCAACCACAUUGGAAAUGGCAGUGACAGUGACGAUGGUAUCAACGACAAUCUUAUCUUCAGUCUCGAACCAGCCGAGAAUGAGGUUAUUGUGGGAUUCUAUGGACAGAGCAGCUUGCCCCGUGGAUACACGUCUGAGUUUGGUAUCUUGACGGCUCGUUGGGGGGUGAAACUGUCAGAGAAUGUUUAUCAUUUGCCUGAUUGGAGGAACAUGUAUAUUAGUGAUCAGAAGGUUAACAGAAGCCAAUUGGGUGUAGUUGCAUCUGUAAUUUACCCCUCAACUCUGCCGUUGAAGGGCGAAGGGAAAUGUAAUACACAGCAGAAGCCAUACUUAGUCGAAUAUCAUAGUUUCUAA